AUGGGCAAAGUUAUGUACUCGUACGAUGUAGAAGAUAAAACAAUUUCCCUGUCUUGUAUGGCGGCUUAUCCAACAAGCCAUUUGUCAUUGUGGGAAGGGGAUACACUUGAAUCUGAAAACCAAGUGGAUAAGAUAGUUGUAAGAUCAUCCGUUACUAUGGAUGAUGAUGAUGAUGAUGAGGAGGAGGAGGAGGUUGAGUUGAACGAGUCACGCCUGCUUAAUCUUCCGUUUCAUCUUUUGGAGAUGAUAAUGGAUCACUGUAUUGGUGUUGAAUACAUGGGUUUUCGCGCUACGUGCAAAAGAUGUCAUCUAGCAGCACCUUUGAUGCAAUGGAAAAACAACAAAACGAGAUUGAGAUCGCGUAAGUAUUCAUUAGUUUCACCAUGGCUAAUGGUGGUAGACAAGAAUCGGGGCAGGAUCACUUUCACAGACCCGGUGUCUGGUGACAAAUACUUUAUGAAGAGAUCACAUGUAUCAAUCCGCCGUGACAAAAUACAUUGUUCUAGGUUCGGUUGGUUGUUGUUGUGCAGCAACUAUUCCCCAUUGGUGUUCUUUAACCCUUUCACGAAUGUUAUCUGUGAGCUUCCAUAUGUGAAUGCGCCUGAUGGUUUUGACAGCUUAUGUUUCUCAGCACCUCCAACUUCCCGUGAUUGCAUGGUUGUUGGAUUUAGAGCACGAGGUAAGCAUGCAAAUGUUUACAUCCACUCGGAACAAACCUGGCGUGUGAUUGGUUUGGAUUUUGGUGGGGCUCGCUUUUGUUUUCCAACAUUUUGCGGCCGAGAUGUUUUUGUCCUAUGUGACAAGGGAGAAGUGUAUGUUUUUAAAAAUUUAUUCAAAUCACAAGGUUGCUAUUAUAAGAAAGUUGUUUCAAGAAAACGCCAAGGAGGAGAAUGUUUUCUAGUGAAAUCCGAUCGACAAUUUUUACUAAUUGUAGUAGGCGACUUUGGAGAAUAUGUGGAGGUAUUGAAGUUGAAUUGUCGUAACAAAGAGUGGGAGAAAGUAGAGAGUUUAGGAAGGUACAUGAUUUACAUUGACGGUACCACAUGUCUUUGCGUUGAAGCUAAAGCACCAGAAUUGGAGAACAAGAUCUUUUUUCCGAGAUUGCAUUCCAAGAAUGGUAAGAUAGUGUUUUAUUCACUUGAAACAUGCAACUAUCACACCUUCAAUGGCAGCAGCAAAAACAUUCAACAAAUUGCUGGAGUUGGAAUCAAACAUGCCUACUCUCACGCCUGGAUUCAGCCAACUUGGUCCUAG